AUGCCGGACCCCUUGACAACGGGGAUGUCGCCCACCGGCUUGCUUACGCAGACUAUCAUGCCACCGGCACCGAUGACGAUGACCGAUACCUUCGACUUUGCACCUGGAUCGAUGUUGGAUGAGGGGAUGAGGAUGCAGUUGCAGAGAGUUUACUUUGACCACUUCCAUCCCCAGUGGCCGAUGCUGCACAGGGAGACGUUCGAGUCCACGAUGCAGCCUAAGCUGCUGAUGCAGGCCGUCAUCACCGUUGGACUAUGGUUUGCCUCGGCACCGGGGUCACGAGAUCUCGCCAUCAGGUUCCACGACCACCUCCUAAUAGAGCUCGAACUAUUAGAACAAUCAAGAAGGGGCAUGCUGUCCCCGCGAGUAGAUUUGCUACCAAUCUUCCAAGCCAUGCUGAUUUCAACAAUCUUGGUGCCAUACCGAGCAGACAAAACGAUGGAGAACGUGAUGAUGACGCACGCAAUGCUCCUGGAGACGUUCAAGGCGACGGGCCUUUACGACCAGUCGAAGAUUAACGCAGCUUCGCAACUUUGCGGGAAUAGUGGGUAUCCUUGGGUUUUCCGGGAAUCAUGUCAGCGUCUUGCCGUUUUUCAGUUCAAACUACAUUUGAUCCUUCAAGCAGUCUUUAUUACGAUAUACCCCGCGCUCCGAAUAUCCCGAAACGCAGAGCCAGCCAUGCUCAGAGUCAAAGUGCCCAUGCCGCUCAUGAUGUGGGACGGCCCAGCAGCGCAGUGGUUCGGCAUGAUACCGACGGACCCCGAGCUCAUGGACGACCAGGGCGACGAGGAGCUUUUGAUAAUCAGCAGAAUGUGCGAUAAGGCGGUGAUGAUGAUGGACAACAAGCCGCUGAUACCGCUCCUCUCCUGGGACCGGUGCCUGGGAAUGGCCAUCUGGUGCUGGUGCAUGAAGCACACGGAGAGCGACAGAGAGUUCAUCGAGAACAUCAAACCAUUUGUAUUAGAGCCGUUAAAAGGAACGGGCGUCCAUUAUGGCCCCAGCUAG